AUGCAACUCCCAGUCAUCAAGAUAACUUUUCUCCUAGCAAUACUUUCCAAAGUAUUUGCCGACGUGGAGAUCACGUCGCCAGAAGAAGGAGACUCGUUCUCCGGCUCAGGAGGCACGGCAAACAUCAAAGUGGAAUGGAAAGACGCUGACGAUUCAAACUCGGCAUUGUCACUCGGUAACGUUAAAACCUACACCAUUUCAUUAUGUACCGGUGCGACGUCCAAUAUCCAGUGCUUUCCAGCGACUAUAUCGGAACAGACCUUCACCACCUUCUCAACGACUCUCAACAUCCCCCUGGCCACGGCCCCCAACGGGUACUAUUUCCUCCAAUUUUACACACUAUUCACCAAUGGCGCUAUAACAACCCACUACUCGCCUCGUUUCCAAUUAACGGGCAUGACUGGCCCAACGGCCACUUGGGUAGUCACCGUGACCGGUGACCAACCAGGCGGCGCUACUGAAAACAUGAACGCGCCCUCAGCAAGCGUCGAUAGUGCUUCAUUCACCGUACCAUACACUUUGCAAACGGGCAAGACGAGAUAUGCGCCAAUGCAAAUGCAGCCGGGCUCAACCGUCACGGCUACUUCGUGGACGAGAAGGUUCCCCACUAGUGCUGUCACCUACUACACUACAAAGCAAAAGAGCCCUGUUGUUUACUCCACCAUUACCCCCGGCUGGAGCUAUCAAGCGUCCUCCGACGUCAAUUGGGCUAGUGUUGCUCCUUAUCCUACCAACUGGUAUGCUGCUAGUGAACGUGUUAGCAAAGCUAGCAUCACUGCUACUAGAAAGAAGAGAAGAUGGUUGGAUUAG